AUGUUUGAGGGUCCAGGGGAUGUACUUGUCUUUUUAACUGGGGAGGAAGAGAUUGAAGAUGUAUGCUGCAAAAUUGACAAAGAAAUUGCAAAAUUGGGUGAUCAGUCUGGUCCUGUUAAAGUGUUGCCUCUGUACUCAACUCUGCCUCCAGCUGUGCAACAGAAAAUAUUUGAGCCAGUAAGUUCUGGGAGGAAGAUUGUGGUGUCAACAAACAUUGCUGAAACUUCUUUAACCAUAGAUGGAAUCGUUUAUGUUAUCGACCCGGGAUUUUCUAAACAGAAAGUUUAUAGCCCUAGAGGGUGUGUUGAGUCAUUGUUGGUGUCUCCAAUUUCCAAGGCCAGUGCGUGUCAAAGGGCAGGGCGUGCUGGAAGGACUAGACCGGGGAAAUGUUUCAGACUUUACACUGAGAAAAGUUUCCAUAAUCAUCUUGAAGCACAAACAUGUCCAGAGAUAUUGAGAUCAAACCUUGCAAAUACAGUGCUUACUUUGAAGAAACUAGGAAUUGAUGACUUGGUUCAUUUUCAUCUCAUAGACCCUCCUGCUCCUGGGACAUUGAUGCGAGCACUAGAGGUUUUGUAUUCUUUGGGAGCAUUGGAUGAUGAGGGUAGUUUGACCAAGCUGGGGCAGAUUAUGAGCGAGUUGCCAUUAGACCCUCAGAUGUCAAAGAUGCUCAUCAUGAGCCCCGGAUUUCACUGCUCGAAUGAAAUCCUGUCAAUCUGUUCAAUGCUCUCGGUACCUAAUUGUUUUCUUAGGCCUAGAGAGGCUCGAAAAGCUGCAGAUGAAGCGAAAGCAAAGUUUGGUCUCAUGGAUGGAGAUCACAUAACGCUUCUUAAUGUGUACCACGCCUACAAGAAGAACAAUGAGGAUCCUUUGUGGUGCUAUCAGAACUUUGUCAAUGAGAAGGCACUGAAGGCUGCAGACAAUGUUCGGCAGCAGCUAGCCCGAAUUAUGACUCGGUUCAAUCUCAAGUUAUGCAGCACUGAUUUUAAGAGUGAGGACUACUACAUCAACAUAAGAAAGGCCUUGCUAGCUGGAUAUUUCAUGCAGGUGGCUCACCUGGAAAGCAACACAGGACACUACAGCACAGUGAAAGAUAACCAAGUUGUACACUUGCAUCCGUCCAGUUGCUUGGAUCACAAGCCAGAGUGGAUUGUUUACCACGAGUAUGUCUGA